AUGUAUCCGUCUCGUGUCUACGCUCCCGUCCCAGCUGUUCCCUCUGCAGAAGAUCUCUUCUCUUCAGCCCUCUCGAACCUGUUUACCGACGACACACAAACCCACCACGGCGUUCCAGGACAAUCGGUGUACUAUGAUUCUCCUCACUUUGGCAGACUGUCUCUGCGCAUCCCCGAACAUCCCGAUGCCGCUGAAGGUCGCAGCCUUUUCGCGUACAACUUGUGGAACGGGGGCGUGGUAGCCGCCGACGCCAUCGAGGAGGGCAGCAACGGCCCCCUGCCCCCGAGUCAAAGUGGGACGGGCCAAGAUACCCAUGAAGAGAACCAUGCCACUUGGAACAAUCGGUACUGGAGCGUACGGGGGAAGUCGGUACUCGAGUUGGGCGCCGGAGCGGCGUUACCGAGCAUAAUAGCAGCGCUGUCCGGAGCAAAGAGCGUGGCUAUAACAGACCACCCCACGAGCACCGCGUUAACAAUGGGCGCCAUCGAGCAGAGCAUCGGCCACAAUCUCCACGUCAUUAGUACAUCCAGCGAAGAACCCGGGACGGACACUGCCACCCCCAUCACCGACAAGACGACCCUCGACGAUGUCGCCUCCCACACAGCUGCACGGUAUACAUACACACGGCGUCAAGAGCAGCAGCAAUCCCAAGCGGAAGAAGCCUCGUCAUCAUCGUCGUCGACAAAAAGAAAAACAGACACCGAAAUAUCAAUAUACGGCUACACAUGGGGAACCACGACAUUCUACCUCCCCAACACAUACGGCAAACCCACCCCAGACCAACCUGGCUCGUUCCAGCGGAUCAUCAUAGCAGAAUGUCUCUGGAUGCCCGACCAGCACGUGAACAUCUGCAAGACCAUCCUGUCCUAUCUCUCCGGAGACGAUGCUGAAGGUGACCCCUCCUGCGCGCUCGUCGUCGCUGGUUUCCACACGGGGAGAGAGAUACUCAGGCAAUUCUUCGAAGUCGCGACGGGGGAAUUCACACUCGCUGCGCAGAACGAGGAAAAAGCCGCCGCCGCCGACGACGAUGACGACGAUGACGACACAGAGACUCGCGCUGUUAGAGGGAGGCUCAAGGCUGUCGACAUGUUUGAGAUCGACGUGAACGGCGUGCGGAGACCCUGGGCUUCCAAACGACCGGGUGAAGAUAAACACAUGGCGAUGCGAUGGUGUGUUUGUGCCGUGCUUGUCAGACGGUGA